UCCACAAGUUGGAAAAAAAAAGGUGACCGAAUUGCUUUUAGUCGGUAGAGAGAGAAAGUUUAGAGAGAGAGAGAGAGCUAGAUCUCCAACGAAGCCACCGCCCAAAAACUUUUACGAUCGAUUUGGUAUUAUCUGAUCCAUUUCUUCUUCUUCUUCCUCUCCUCGCAACUCACACAGAGGAAGAGGAAGAGAGAAGAAGAUGAUGAGUGCGAGGGAGAAAACACAAUAUGGCUGGAGAGAAAAAGAGUUCUCAAAAACAUUAUGUAACUAGUGAUCUCUUUAUUGUCCAAUGAAGCAUUGGUACAGCCUAAAAGAUCAGAAGAAAUCACAUUUGAUUUUCAGAUAGAUACAUCUAAACCAGUAUACUUAUGAGGAGGCACAAGUUCACGUGGUUGCAGCAAUUUUCUACGGGAAUUCAACAGCUUUUUUCUUGGAAAUUUGUAAUGUGGAGGUUGGCAUCAUGAACUUCAAUAAUUGAAAAAUGGUGCAAUAAUCAUUAGGCACAAAACACAUUUUUAAACAGUAAUGUGAUCUGAUGGGCAAGGAGAAUUUGCCACAAACAAUUAAAGGUGGAAUGAGUGUUGAUUGUUCCCUUCCCAUUGGGAGUGAAGAUACUGGGACUUACUCUGUAUCAAGGCACAGUUUAGACAAGGAGGCAGGCUUGCCAACUUGUCGUGUUUGCCAAUGUGCUGAAUCUGACAAAAGGGGAGAUGCUGUGUUGGGAUUUUUGGGUAUCACUCCACCAUUACGAGUUGCACAUACAGGCAGUGAGGAUGUAAGGCCUAAUUGUAAAGCAGCCUUGGAAGAUGUUGAUAGUGACGAUUCUUGUAACAAAAAUGGUAGAAGAGAAUCUGGAUUUGUUGAGUUUGUCAGCCCUACAGGGGAGGUUUUCAUUUGUAAUACUGAUGUAGAAAUGGGUUUUAGCCCCCCGCAAGACACACUAAUUGAGCUAGGUUGCUCUUGCAAAAGUGAUCUUGCUCUAGUGCACUAUGCAUGUGCACUCAAAUGGUUUGUGAACCAUGGAUCUACUGUCUGUGAAAUAUGUGGACACCUUGCGAAAAAUAUUAAAACUGCAGAUUUCAAAAAGGUUUUGGUUUCUUUGAAAGAUUAUGAAGUGUUGAGGGAAAGGACUGUCAAUGGGGAACCUAAUCUUGCACAGGUGCAGUCAAAUUCAGGUGUAGACCCUGAUGCUGUUGCUGCUAUUCGAAGGCAAAGGCUAAGUGAAAUCUCAUUGUGGUUUAAUCCACAUAAUACCAACAAUCCUGCCAUAGCUUCACUGGUUGUCACUGAGCAACCUUCUAAUAUUGUCGGCGAAGAAGUUGUCCCUGUUGAAAAUCCAGCGACCAAAUGGGCUGUGGAGGGUACUGGGAUCUUGCUUGCUACGGGGCUGCUUACUGUCUCUCUUGCGUGGCUCAUUGCUCCUCGUGUUGGAAAGAAAACUGCCAAAAGUGGCCUUCACAUUCUUCUUGGAGGCAUUUGUGCUUUAACUGUUGUAGUCUUCUUUCGCUUUAUUGUGUUAACUAGAAUCAAGUAUGGACCUGCACGCUACUGGGCCAUCUUAUUUGUCUUCUGGUUUCUUGUAUUUGGCAUAUGGGCUUCAAGAACACAUGGUGCUCAUACAACAUGAAUCUAAUGGUAUAUUUUUAGGGCUAUUACAAAAAAGAAAAGGAAAAGAGGGUUUGAUCGUUGUAACAAAUUAAAUCAUAAAUUUUAAUUUUUCUUUUUUUCAUUUGAACCCUAAAUUUUUAAAGUUUACCCAAUUCCAACCAUCUGUCCAUCUCAGUUAAAAUUUUUAACAAAUGAGGGAUAAUUUUGUCAAUUCCACAUCUCUUCAUCUUUGCCUAGAAAUAGAUACACACAAAAUUAUCCAAACGAGAGUAGGUAGAUUAAUUAGAUUAUCCCUCACCUGUUAGAUUUUUUUACGGGGGAUUGACAGAUGGUUGGAAUUGGGUCUUCUUAAAAAAUCCAGGUUUAAAAUGAAAAAAAAAUAAAUUAAAUUAAAACGUCUGGUUUAAUUUAUUACAAUUGUCUAACCUUCUUUUUUUUUUUAAAAUUUUUUUAGGGUAAUUUCUUUUAUAUUUUUUUAUUCACGAAAAACUUCUUUCUCAACAAAUUAUACCUUUAGUUGAGAGCUUGUGUAUAAUUUUGUUAUGAUGCAUGCAAUUUGAGUAGGAUCCAUAGGGUUGUGCCUUCUUGAAGUUUGCUUUCGGAACAUGAACUAUAGAUGCGUCAUUUACCCUUGGUGUAAAACUCCCUUUAUUGUUAUUUGAAUCGGCUUGUUGAGAACAAAAUUGUUUAUUUUGACAAAAUUUGUCAAAUUGUUCUUGGAGUCUUUAAA